GUGGUAAUGGUGGAUAGCUAAGGUAGAAGAUGAUAGAUUGAAAAAAAAAAAAUUAAAAAAAAAAAAAAAGUUAACCUGUUAAAUAAGUUGUGGGUUAAAAGGCUCAUUUUGAGAAGAUAGAGGUCAAAGGUGAGAUUAUUUUGGGAAUUCGAAAAGGUGGGAUUGUUUUGAGCAGAAUUGUCAAAGGUGGGAUUAUUAGUUUCCAUUUUUCCUUUUAAAAAACAAAAUAAAAUUGGGUGAUUAUAUGUACAUUUACAACUUGAAAUACAAAUUUGUGUUUCCCAAGAAUAUAGUGCAAAAUAAAAAUUCAUCAAUAUACAACCAAUGAAAAGCUGUGUCCCACAUUAAUUAUCUAUUCUACUUGAAAAUUGAUUAUCCCUCUAAUUUACUCAAAACCCAUUAACUUUUCCCUUUUCAAAAAAUUACAGUAUAUUCUUUUUCACCAAAUAAAACGUUAUUAUAAAAUCCCAAAAAAAACAUUCACUUUCAUUCUUCUCUUCCUUUUUCACACCCCUCCAAAUUCUCCCCAAAUCAAUUCACACUUUCUUCCUCAAAAACCCCUUUUCAAACAAAAUUCAAAACCAUUUUCUCCCUUUUACCCAAAGAUCUACCCUCAAUUUUUCUGGGUUUUCAACAACCAGUAGUUGCAGAAUCAGCAGCUUAAUCUCAAGCUUUUUCGAGGAGCAACAAUGGCGGGUUAUGGAGAUGCGAGCCAGAAGGUAGACUAUGUGUUCAAAGUGGUUCUAAUAGGUGAUUCAGCAGUUGGUAAGUCUCAGAUAUUGGCUAGAUUUGCAAGAGAUGAAUUUAGCUUGGAUUCAAAAGCAACAAUUGGUGUUGAGUUUCAGACUCGAACCCUCGUCAUUCAGCAUAAGAGUGUUAAAGCCCAGAUCUGGGAUACUGCUGGCCAAGAACGGUACAGAGCUGUUACAAGUGCAUAUUAUAGGGGAGCAGUCGGUGCAUUAUUAGUUUAUGAUAUUACGAAGCGCCAAACCUUUGAGCACAUACCAAGGUGGCUGGAAGAGCUUCGCGGCCAUGCUGACAAGAACAUAGUCAUCAUGCUUGUUGGAAACAAAAUCGAUCUUGAGGAGCAGCGUGCUGUUGCAACUGAAGAUGCCAAAGAGUUUGCAGAGAAAGAAGGGCUUUUCUUCCUAGAGACCUCAGCUUUGGAAUCAACAAAUGUGGAAACAGCUUUUAAUACUGUCUUAAACGAGAUAUUCAGCAUUGUAAACAAGAAGACAUUGGCUGCCAGUGAUGAGCAAACUAACGGCAACCCUGCACCAGCAGCUGGGAAGUCGAUCUUAGUUCCCGGUCCUGGUCAAGUAAUCCCUGAAAAGAAAGGAAUGUGCUGUAGUUCGUGAAGUCGUUUGAAAUUUUGGUCGUAUGUUGGUCACUCUAUCAUUAUUGGUUUUCUCUUAAACAUUGUACUGUAUAUGAGGAUAGAGAUUGGAGAUGAUGAGAUUGGGGAGGGGUUUUUGGUUGCUGAAUUUGGUUUGUAAAAAUCUGUCGGUUAGCUUGUUCGGAAGGAAGUACAGCUAGUUGAUCAAAUGCGUGAUAUAGUAUGGCGCCCUAAAUAUUACACAUUUUUUUAUCCUUGUGUUUAACUAUAUCAAUAGAUUUGAUUAUUUGAAGGUUGGUUAA